AUGACCAGCCACAUGGAGAGCAUGGGGCAAUUCAAGAUCAUUGUCUGGGAAGAAGAAAAUUUCCAGGGGAAGCGUUCUGAAUUCCUGAUGGAAUGCCCCAAUGUCAUGGAACGUGGUUUCCGCAAGAUUCGCUCCAUCAAAGUGGAAAAUGGCCCCUGGGUAGGCUUUGAGUAUCCUGAAUAUCAAGGACAGCAAUUCAUUUUGGAGAAAGGAGACUAUCCUCACUGGGAGGCCUGGAGUGGAAACAGUGCUUAUAAGACCGAGCAUCUACUCUCUUUCCGGACUAUCAGAUGUGCCAAUCAUAAUGACAGCAGAGUGACCCUAUUUGAGUCAGAGAACUUCCAAGGAUACAAGUUUGAGCUGACUGAUGAUUAUCCAUCAUUGCAAGCCAUGGGAUGGAGCAGCAAGGAAGUAGCCUCCAUCAGAGUUCUCUCUGGAGCGUGGGUGGCAUAUCAAUAUCCAGGCUACCGAGGCUACCAAUAUAUCUUGGAGCGGGACCGACAGAAUGGUGAAUAUCGGAAGUACACCGACUAUAGCAGCCAAGCCCACAGCAGCCAGAUCCAGUCCAUCCGCCGUGUCCAGCAUUGA